AUGGCAUCAGUCACAGUCCCGGUGGCCCCGGAGUUCAACUCCAGCAUGGCCAAUGGCGGCAAUCCACAGGAGAUCGACGUCAACCUGCCUUACACCGGCCUCGAGUACCACUACGUCUACCAGGUGAUCAUGGGAUGUCUCGUCUUCGUCAUUGUCCCCGGUAUCGGUCUGCUCUACGGUGGUAUGACGCGCCGGAAGUCUGCCUUGGCUAUGGUCUUCCAAUCCUUGACAGUAAUGGCCGUGUGCUCUUUCCAAUGGGCCUUCUGGGGCUUUUCUCUGGCCUUUUCCCGAACUGGCGGGCCCUUCAUUGGCGACCUGAAGAACUUUGGAAUGAUCGAUGUCAUGGCUGCACCGUCCUGGGGCUCGGCUGUUAUCCCCGAUAUUGUGUUCGCUUUCUAUGAGUUGAUGUUCUGUGCCUGCGCGACUAUGAUCGUGGUCGGCGGUUCGUUCGAACGUGGCCGUGUCCUUCCGUCUAUCAUCUUCGGCUUCUGCUGGGCCACCCUGUGCUACUGCCCGAUCUCCUACUGGACCUGGAAUGCCAACGGCUGGCUGUUCACCUUCGGUGCUCUUGACUUCGCCGGAGGUGGCCCCGUCCACAUCUCGAGUGGUACAGCUGGCUUGGCCUACGCCCUGGUCCUCGGCAAGCGAAGCCGAUAUGGCGAGAAGCACGUCUACAAGCCCCACAAUGUGACCAUUGUUUUCCUCGGAACCGUCCUCAUUUGGUUCGGGUGGUUUGGCUUCAACGGCGGUUCUGCUCUGAAUGCCAGCAUUCGAGCCAUGAUGGCGGUCUGGAACACCAACCUGGCAGCGUCCACGGGUGUUGCCGGCUGGGUCUUGAUGGAUUACAUCAAGCACCGCAAAUUCUCUGUCGUUGGCGCUUGCGAGGGUGCCAUUGCUGGUCUGGUCGGUAUCACACCCGCUGCUGGUUACGUGUCUGUCUGGUGUGGAGCUGCCAUCGGCUUCAUUACCGCCAUUGUGGUCAACCUGUUCGAGCCCGUCAACAAGUGGCUCCACAUUGAUGAUGGCUUGGAGGUCUUCAAAUUGCACGGCAUCGGUGGCAUGUGCGGGGCAUUCCUGACCGGCAUCUUCGCUUCUGCCUCUGUCUCAGCUCUCGAUGGCGCUACCAUCGCCCAAGGUGCCAUUGACGGCCAUGGCGUCCAGGUGGCCAAGCAGCUGGCUGAGAUCGCUGCGAUUGCCGCCUGGUCCUUCACCCUCUCCUACAUCAUGCUCACUAUUCUCAAGUACAUCCCCGGCUUGCACCUGAGAGUGACUGAUGAGGUCGAAAUCAUCGGUCUGGAUCUCGACCAGUUCUCGGACGAGCUUAUUGGCGAGUGGUCGUUGUUCCAGGACGAAAAUACCGUGCGACGAAGCUCGAUUACUCAGAUCAAUGCUCAGAUCACCCAGGGUAUCGCACCGGGUGAGUCAUCUACUCCUCAGUCCGAGAGUGUGACCGGAGAAAAGGAGCCGGCCAAGGCUACCGCCGAAGGGCAGCAGUGA